UACAACAGCUUCUCGAUACUACCGGAAGUGGAGUGGGACUUUUUACGAUUUUUUUUUUUAUUUUUGGUUUGGUCCGUUUGCCAUCUACAAAAUGUAUCCUUUUUUGUUUCCGAUGCCGACACUGCAAAUGUUUGCGUGUGUGUGUGUGUGUGCGUUUCGAAGAUGGUGGGGAUACGUAGUACCCGAUUCCGAUUCGUUCAUCAAAAGAUCUCUGGCGGGAGAGAGAUUCCAGUAGCGGCUCGGCGAGAUCGUAUCAGCUCGGCGCCAUAUGUCCGGAUGAGGUUGGGGCAAACAGUUGUGCAAAAACCGCGGCCCCGAUCCCAGCCUGCGAGUGAGUAGGACGGCCCACAUCGCAUCGUAGUGCGUACUUUCUAUAGUGGGGCGAAAUAUUGCCGACCCCGCACACAACCCAUCCAGGGACCCAUCCUUUUGGGUGUUUUCUUUUUUUUUUUUGGGGAGAAGCCGGCAGGAUAUAAUGCUGGAUACAUGUGUAAAACGGGUAGGGUGGCUACGCCCUCGCCCGGACCUUAUUCGUAAAUUUUGCGAGCAAAUUGGAAGCUUGAGGAAUGGCAAGGGGAGGUGGGAUGCCUAGAAAUCGUACAUGUCGCCAUCGUUAGUAGUACUCACUCCCCGAGAAUAGUGGGGUUUUGCGCGAGUAGUGGUUUUUGAAGGAGGUGGAGGCGGUGAAGGGUGGGGAUUCGAGCGCGCGCGCGCGCCUGCGUGUGUGUUUGAGCGGAUGCCCGUGUACAGGCAACCAAGGCCCAGUAAAUACCUACCAGUAUCGCUGCGACAACGAGAUUGAGAUAUAUUGUGCCACGGGUGCCACGGUUUUGUUGUUUCCCGCGGGCAUCAUAACCGGGGUGACCGACGCAUCCUGACGCGCGUACGACCCGGGCACUAUUACCGGCCUGCGGGUUACGGUUUGGCCGGUAAUAUGACGUUACCGUAAACAGGAUAACAGCCUCGCAAACUUUGUCCCGUGUCCCGGGCUUUCAAACAACCAGUGCAGUUUGUGAAGUUGUGCAAGUGUCGUCAAAACACCUUCAAAACAAAACUCCCCAAAAUUAAUGGCGGCGUAACUUACGGCGGUGGUACUGAACUGAGUGCUCGGUGUGGACAUUCUUCCGACAUCCUUAUACACAAGUGGUACACAACGCAAAAACCAUGCUGGUACCACCGGACAUGGUUACCGUGCAGUCGAAGACGAUCUUCCAGAUUAACAAGUACUACGCGGAAAAGGUACAGGUGCGCAUGGGCAACAUCGCCAUCGUGCUGCGUGAGAUCUGCAAGAUCGUGCAGGAGGUGUUGCGUGAGGUGGAGGUCCAGGAACCAAGGUUUAUCUCCAGCCUGGUGGAAUGCAAUGGACGAUUCGAGGGCCUGGAGGUGAUUUCACCGACGGCAUUCGAGGUCGUGCUGUACCUCAACCAGAUGGGUGUGUUUAACUUCGUGGACGAUGGAUCACUGCCCGGUGCAGCGGUGCUGAAGCUAAGCGACGGCCGCAAACGCUCCAUGUCGCUGUGGGUUGAGUUUAUCACUGCGUCCGGUUAUCUGUCCGCCCGGAAGAUACGGUCCCGGUUCCAUACCCUCGUAGCCCAGGCGGUGGAGAAGUGUCCGUACCGGGAUAUGGUAAAGCUCGUCCCCGACACGACGGAGGUGAAGUUACGCAUCCGGGAGCGGUACACCGUGCAGAUAACGCCCGCAUUCAAGUGUACCGGUAUCUGGCCCCGUUCGGCAGCACACUGGCCAAUCCUGAACAUUCCCUGGCCCCAUCCGGCACUCGUCGCGGAGGUUAAAACGGAAGGGUUCGAUCUACUGUCGAAGGAAAGCGUCAUCCUGCAAGGGAAGAACGCAAACGUGGAGGGUGAUGCGUGGUUACUACACUUUACCGAGGCGGAGAAUCGACUACUCCAGGGCGGUUAUCGCAAGCGGUGUCUCAGCAUUCUCAAAACGCUGUGCGAUCGACAUCUGGAUCUGCCGGGUGCACCGAUCGGCUAUUACCAUCUGAAGACGCUACUACUCUACGAGUGUGAGAAGCAUCCGCGCGAAACGGAAUGGGAUGCCGGUUGUGUUGCGGAUCGUUUGAACGGUAUCUUUCUGCAGCUGAUCUCCUGCCUGCAGUGUCGCCGCUGUCCGCACUACUUUCUGCCGAGCCUGGACCUGUUCAAGGGCAAAUCGCCGACGGCACUGGACAACGCGUCCAAGCACGUGUGGCGCCUCUGUCGGGAUAUACUAACCAGCAGCAAAGCGUUUGAUCGGCUGUAAAAAACGGGGGUUCUGGGCCUCUGUGUUCGAGUCUCAGCCUCGGAUCAUAUCAUCAGUGCGCGGAACAAGGCGGUUCUGGCACUGUUUCAAGCCGUGAAGCGGAGACGUUAAACGGAUCCGUUUCUGCUAGUAUACGAGACGGUUAGAAGGAGACAAGCGUAGGUGGUGUGAAACGCUUUACGUUUUAAACGUUGUUAGAAAAGGAAGAGUGGAUGGUGAGAAGGAAGAAGAACAAAACAAACGCUGUAUACGAUAUGUCUGCCUUAGUUUUGAGUGUUUUUUGUGAGUUUUUUUUUUAAAUCUAAAAUGACUUCCUAAAAUCAAACGCCUAGUGUACGGGGUAACGAGUGUGCAGGAUGCGUACUGAGCUACUCAACGCACUCACGGCACUCACGGCGAUAGUGUAAGGUUAGGUGAAAAUAAUUUGUUUUGUUAUCUUUUUCAAUGGUACGCAAAUGGUAUUACUUUCCCGCUAGUGUGCUGCUUUAGAGGAUUUUUGUUUCUGUUUCUCGAUCCGAAAUAAACAUACGAUGCUAGUGACAAAGUGCGUGAUAUCUGGGCUGCUUUAAAGGUGUCUCGGUUGCCAUUGAUUAGGUUUUGCUUCCGGUAAUUGUGGUGGCGAAAACAAAAAGAAGAAGUAAAAAAACACAGUUUUUUAAUGUUUUAUAUUUUUCUUGUGUGCCGUAUUACUACGCUUUCGCUAUUAAAUGGGGGGUAAAGGUUAAAUAGUAAGAUGUGCAUUUGAUCGGUUCUAUUUUUUUUCUCUCUCUCUCGUAUGUGUGUAAAUAAUAAGAGAAACAAUCAGAUCAGAUAUUAAGCAAGUGAGAUUUUUCGGUUCAUAAUGUUUAUGUGUUGCAAAUUUGAAAGUAUAUCGUCUUUAUUAGAUAUAUUUGUACACAGGGAAAUUUUGAUGACAUUCUUGAAAAAAAAAUUGCUUAAAUAAUAUUAGCAUGUUUGCUUAGGAAAAAAAGGACGCUUAAGAUGUAUCUACACGAUCAGCAUCUUAUAAAUAAAUUUUUAUUUAUACUGUAA